GCAAACCAGCAGGGUGGCUGCGCCGCACAGCUUCUGAGUUGUCAGAAAACCAGGUUUGUGAGCAGAUUCUGGAACAGGACGGAUGACAGCAGUCAUCUAAAGAGGCAGGUCUUCACAGGAGAUGAGCAGACUGAAGAACAGAGAGGAUGGCAUUUAAUGAUUGCUUCAGUUUGACCUACCCAGGCAACCCCCAUCCAGGGGACUUGAUUGAAGUGUUCCGUCCUGGCUAUCAGCACUGGGCUCUGUACUUGGGUGAUGGCUAUGUUAUCAACAUGGCACCUAUAGAUGGCAUGCCUUCCUCAUUUACCAGUACCAAGUCUGUGUUCCACAACAAGGCCCUGGUGAAGAUGCAGCUGUUGAAAGAUGUUGUAGGAAAUGACACAUACAGAGUAAACAAUAAAUAUGAUGACAUCUAUUCCCCUCUCCCUGUGGAUGAAGUCAUGCGAAGGUCAGAGUUUGUUAUUGGACAAGAGGUGGCCUAUAACUUCCUGUCCAACAACUGUGAGCAUUUGGUGACUUUGCUUCGGUAUGGAGAAGGAGUUUCAGAGCAAGCCAACCGAGCAAAAAGUAUCCUUGGACUGGUGACAGCUGCUGUUGGUGCCUUCUCAUUCCUGGGCUUGCUUCCAGUGAGACAAAGAACAAAAUUCCAUUAACAAUUUACUGAAGAGAUAUUGGAACUGAAAGACUAUAUGAGAAAGAGAAAAAAGAUUUCCUGGGAUGAGUACUUAUUUUCAGUUCCUCAGUAUUGUUCCAAAUUUUGAUAAUGGAUAGCCAGCUCCUUAAUAAAUUACUUACUGACAUUA